AUGGCUGCAAACGCAGACGAGUCGCAGAUUUACCCUCUCUACGAUACAACCUUCUCACUCCACCGCGUUUCUCCCUUACACACCGGCCUCGACGACCCUCUUGACGAUGCCAUCCUCCGCGAUCAAGCCCGUCGAUUCCGCGACAUCCUCACAGGAGAAGUCCUUCGCGGCGUUCGAGUCGGAACUGACAACGAGGACUCUACCUUAGCACAUAUGGGAGCUUUGCAGACGGUUACAUGGACACAAUUGCCAUUCGAGGAGAAUUGGAAUGGGCAGACCGGGCAAGUCGUGGGGGACGAAGAUACAACGGUGAUUCUGAGUGAGAGUCGCGGAUUGCUUUUGAGGAUCGCAUACGAGAAGAUGGAGUAUACGGCUAUUCUCUUGAGGGAUAUCAAACCUGGGGAUUGGGAUGAAACGAACGUUGGGGAAAAUUCGGACGUGGAUGGGUUUGAGCACUUCCCGUUGCUGUUGCUUAAAAUGCCUGUAUCGCUCCGCGAUGCUUUUACGGAUUUUCUGGCUACGACGUUCGAUGCGAGGAUAUCUGCGCUUCAAUUUCCAAGCUCCUAUGUUACAACAGCGUUCGAACAAUAUCUUGCGUAUGUCUGUGUGGAUGAAGAAGGAGAACAACUCGACGCGCUGGAAAGUACUCGGGCAACGAAGAAUGUGAUGGGUGCCGUGGAGGUGUUCAUCGGAUUCAAUCUCCCAGGCGGUUCUUCCGCGCUAAAAACAAUGGACAUCAAGCUCUCACGAGAUGAUCUACCGCGGAUCAUUGCCAGAGGAAAGGUUGCGGGAAACGGACAGGAAGAUACACCUCUCUGGAAUGCUUUGACGGCAUAUGUGAACGCACAUCUCGCUCUGGAUCUCAAGCACGAAAGAGUAAAGGUCAUAAGGAUUGCGUGCGAUGCCUUUGUGCUGGGUGCGGAAGGGAAAGUCAAAUUCUUGUAUCCUGGAGCGGAUGAGGAUGUUCACAGUGCUCAGAGAAGAGCUACGAGGAGACUGGUAAAUGGGUUGAUUGAGGCUGCAAGAGGAGGCUCACUAGCUAACAUGCGACCGUGA